GAUGAGAAGGGUUGAAGAAAAUCGCCAUGCAAAUUUACUGCAAUUAGCUAAAGAAGUAGAACGCCAAACUGGGGUGACUGUUUCCAGUGACACAAUACAGCGUACACUGAAGAGGAAUGGCAUGCAUGGGUGUCGUCCACAAAGGAAGCCUCUCCUAAAGCUCAUGCAUAAAAAAGCCUGCCUAGAAUUUACUAGGGCACAUGAUGAAAAAGGAAGACUACUGGGACUCUGUACUCUGGAGUGAUGAGUAAUGUUUUGGAAAUGAUGGCUUCAAAGCUGUAUGGCGUCGCAAAGGUGAGGAGUACAAAGACAAAUGCAUGGUGCCUUUCAAUGAAACAUGGUGGUGGCAGUGUCCUUCUAUAGGGCUGCAUGAUGCUCUGUAUUGAAAGAGAAGAUGCUAACAUCACUCCAUGCCCUUCGUCGUGCACUUUUCCAACAUACCGAUGAUCCAAAACACACAUCUAAGGCCACUGUUUCAUUUCUGAAGAUAAACAGGGUGAAAGUGAUUCAGUGACCAAGUAUGUCUCCUGAUAUGAACCUAAUCGAACAGAUAUGGGGAAUUAUGA